UCAGUCCGUGAGGUGUCGUCAUGGAAACAGCAGGAGGGGCGCGCAAAACAAAUACAUUCUGUGAUUGGUCAGCGCCGCUCACCGAACUCCGCCCAUAGACGUAAGGUAAAGGCGGGGCUGCGCCGUGCGUCUCCGGGCUCGUGCUGGCUGAGACCAUGGCUGAACAGACGCCGCCUACACACGAGUGCCCCCCUACACAUCGCCGCCGCCCAGCUCCGCGCCCGCCCCGUGGGCCUAAUGACAUUUAUGUGAACACAAAGACCGAUUUCAGGGCCCAGCUGUCCCGGUGCCGUCGCCUGCUGGAGAGCGGAGGGCAGAAGGAGCUGAGGGUGCACGGGCUGGGCCUCGCCAUCGGCCGCGCCAUCAACCUGGCCCUACAGCUGCAGCUGUCCAUGCCCGAGACCCUCCUCCUGUCCACCAGCACCUCCACCGUGGAGCUGACCGACGACAUGGAGGCCGAGGGUGGGGAGGACGGAGAACCUGGGGUCCGCAACCGGAACAACUCUGCUAUACACAUCCGGGUGUACCGAGCGCAUGAGGAGUCAGCGGGUGUAUAGUGCCUGCCCUGUACUGUGUAUAUAUACUCCAGAGCUGAACUCUUUAUUCUGCCGUAACACAAGUCACCUCCAGAGCUGAACUCUUACCCUCCGGAGCUACAAGCUGUUCCGCUGUUACAUCAUGUCUGGUCCUCCAGAGCUGCACUCUGUAUUUUGCCGUAACACUAUUAUUCUCCAGAGCUGCACUCUCUAUUCCACUGUUUCCCAAGUAAUUUGCAAAACUGCUCUAUUCUAAUGGUACAUCAUGUCUUAUCCUCCAGAGCUGCACUUGCCAUUCUGCUGUAACAUUGUGUUAUACUACAGUACCCUUCAGAGCUGCACUCUCUAUUCCACUUUCUCCCAACCAGGGUGC